CUGAAGAUCCCUGACAUGAGAACAGCUAUGGAAAUCCUCAAGCGUUGGGGGCUUGGAACCAAAGGUCUGAAGAGCAAAAACAUGGCAAUAGAACUUAUCAUGGAUCACUGGAAGAAAAAUGAGUCAACUUUGCCGACAGAAGCGCCGAAAAAGGAUCGUAAUGGUCUUCACGAUGCAAUUGCCAACGACAUCCAAUACAGGAAGAAGUUAAGAUCUUUCUAUGAUCAGCUUGUAGAAUAUGUCAACACACUUCCCAACAACUACCGUCGGGAUCUGGAAAGUGUUUUCCCCAAUCUUUUAAAUGAUGUCGAAGAGAGAAAACGUGAAGUAGCGUCACCAUCUUGCACCAUCCUUGUUGCUGGCGAGACAGGCGCAGGAAAAAGCAGUUUCCUCAAUCUGAUACUGCAGGCUGACCUGUUACCUACGAAACAGCUGAGAUGUACAACGACUAUUGUAGAAAUAAGAAAAAGUUUGGACGAGAAAAAAGUUGCCAGAAUACACUACAAAGUCCAGGAGGGGGAACGAAAACAGAGACCACCAACUGACAUAAUCAUGGAAACAGAGAAUGAUAUACGCGAGGUCCAAGCAAGAAUGUGUUUCGAAGAAGAUGGGGAAACGCCAUAUGAAAAGAUUGAAAUCGCAUGGCCCUUCCCUGCCCUCGAAGAUGGAAUCGUGCUUGUGGACACGCCUGGGAUUGGAGAACGGAGACAAAUGACAAAAUUAGUUGAGAAGUAUCUCACAAAGUCCUUUGGAUUCAUCUACAUUCUAAACACCGCGAACGCUGGAGGAGUUCAGAAGGGAAGGUUGCGUGACUUCCUAAGAAUCUAUGUGGCUGCUGCUGAGGAGGAUCACAAUCCCUCUGCGACAAUGUUCAUCGGUAACAAGUGGGACCAGGUCCCAGACAGGGAUAAAACAGAAGUUGCGGAUGGGAUUUUCACCAAGUUGGAAUCGUGCUAUCCUGGACUACGGAGAGACCAGAUUUAUUACAUCUCUGUAACAGAUUCUCAAAAAGCAUCUGACUAUGGUGGAAUGUCAGCCCCCCACGUCGAAAUGUUGCAAGGAAUGGAGCGCUUUCUACCAGCAAGUUUGAGGAACAAAUUGAACGUUCAUUAUAGAUUCAUUUCCCAAGUUCUGAAGCGUUCCUUGUAUUCUGUCAAAGUUGCAAAAGGUAUGGCAGUCCAAGGAAUGGAAAAGAAUAAGGAACGCAUCGAACACAUCAAACGCCAGAUGGAUAGGCUCGAACGUGACGCUAGGUACAGCCUUUCAGAACUGCGACGAGAACUUGAUGAUGAGGUUGAAAGCCUGUACAAAGAAACAGCAAAUUAUCUCAGAUCAAAGCAAUUCUUUGAGCGAGUUUUCCAUUGGGCGGAGACUGAUUGCGCCCGGGUUAGUAAAGAGUGGAAUAGGACAGCGUCAGAAGCUAACGAAAGAAUUGCGAGUCGCGUAGCAUCUGAGAUCAACAUUUGGGAAAGAGACAGGAAGAUUACAGCCACCAUCAAACAGAAAAUCAUUAAAAAGUUUAAGAAAGAUUUCGAACUUAUGGAAAGUCAAAUUCAGCAGAUUGAAGGUGUAUUACUGGAUGGCGAUACUCGAGCUGUGACCGACCUCCACAAAUCAAUGAAGAGGCAGGCCCCUGUCAAACAGAUUUGGAAGAAGGCUAAAGCUGGAGACGAGGAUGAUGGCGGUGUGAAAGGCCUUGGAGGAGUAGUCAGCAGUGUUGGAUCAAUCGGAUCAGACAGGACCGCCAAAGCUAUAUUCAGAAGUUACAAAGCAGAUUCAGCUGCUGUUAAAAUGUCCGACGCUACCGAGAAAUUCAUCCAAAGCAUUUUCGAGAGAGAUGAAUUGAAGAAAAACCUAAGGCGAUUCAUCGGGAAAUUUUUGAAGGGAAUUGAUAGCAUUGCUAGAAUGAUUCCUGAAUUCGUCAAAGCUGAUACACAGCUCAUAAAUAGAAUUUCAAGUGAAAUGGACAACAUGGAAGAUAAUUUGCGAAACGUGUUCCCAAAACUUCUUCGACACAGCUCUUCAUUACAAGGACAGCUUGACAUGUUCUUCGUACACACCAUAAUGGAAAGAGACUUCCGCUUGAGAGAUGUAGAGUACAGCAAAGCGGAUUUACUGGGAAGUGGAUCGUUUGCCGACGUCUACAAAGCCAAGCUUAAGGUCACCAAACCCCCUAUAACCGUCGCUUUGAAGGUGUCAAAGGAUGCACUGAAAGAAAACAAUGUGACGGACAUUCUGCUGGAGGACAGAACAUCCAGAGACCUGAAGCAUCCAAAUGUUGUUCACUACUACGGAGCAGUAUUGAGGAUGGAUGGAACAGGAAAACACAGUAAGGUGUAUUGGAUUAUGGUACUGGAGUACUGCACCGAUACUCUGAAAUCCAUAUUCAUUGAUGGUGACUUCAGAAACCCAGGAAAGUGUCCUGUCUACUCAGAACAGGUAGAAACCAUUGAGAACAUGGCCAGAUACUUCGUACAGAUUUGCGAGGGAGUUGACUACUUUCACCGAAAGGGACUUGUACAUCGGGACCUGAAAUUAGAAAACAUCCUGAUUGAUACCAAGAACAACGUCAAGUUGACUGACGUUGGUUUGACGAAAGAAGCGAAGGCCAUCUCUGGAAGCAUUGUGGGAAGUCCUGUUUAUAUGGCACCGGAAGUCCUCAACUCUGAAGGCGUCUACGACAGGAAGGCAGACAUCUACAGUCUCGGCAUCAUUUUGUGGGAGAUGUGGUACGGAUUAGAUGCAGCAGAGCAUAUCCAACAGCAUCUAUUUGGAUCAUUGGAAAAGGCUGUAAAGCAGGGCUUACGGCCUUCGCUCUCAAUCUCAAGCAAGCCUCCAGAGGAUUUGGAAAAUCUCAUCAAACGCUCGUGGGAAUUUUCACCUAAAUUACGACCAGAGGCCAGCGAAUUGAGAGAUUUUUUCAUGAAGUUUCUUCCCAAAUGA